AUGGGAUUUUUGAGUGGUGUGCUUGGUGCGGUGAAGGAUGAAAAUGAAGUGACAACUUAUGAUAAUUACAUCACUCCAGAUGAUAAUAAGCUUCAAAAAGUACUAGAAGAGGUAAAUAAUAAUAUUGGCUCCGGGCGUACUGGGCUUGCGGCGUCUGUCGGCGCGGUGAAGGGGUGGUUGGAGGGGUAUGGAGAUAAGGUAAAUGAACAAAUUACAAAAUUCAAUGAACCUCUAGAAAUAAUCAAAUUCGAUAUCAAUAAACUCGAAAAAAAUUUCGAAAACCAAAAAACAAAAUCCCUCCAGGACCAACAAAAAGAUUGGACAAACUGUGUUAGGCUGUACCACGAACAAACGAAGCUGGCCGAUAAGGCGAGAAAAACAUUAGACAAAGAGCUUAGUAAGAAGUUAGAAACGCCGGUGAAAGUAGUAGAAGAGGAGACGAAAAUGUUGUAUGGGUCGGCGAAAAACAAUGACGUCAUGAAGCAGGCCAUGGCAGUGGACUGGGAGCUGUUGAAUCAGAAAGAGAAGUUGGAUGAGGCGAUAGGAAGAGAAGCUGAAAAAAUAAAGGAGACGCUGAGAAAACAAAAAGAGAGCAUUGAGAACGAAAUAGUUAUGCAAAGUCAAAAACUAAAGAACGCAUUUCAUAUGCAGUUUCGAAAGAUCUUUCACGCAGUUAGUGAGAUGAAACGUGAGAAAUCCAAGCAAUUUAGGAACAUCGAUGAGCGUGUGAAAAAUGCGCAGAAAUUAGUUGAAGAGUUUCAGAUGAAAUACAAAGAGCACAUUACAUUUUAUUUUGAUAAUAUUAAGAGUAAACUUAAUGAGGUCUAUGGUACCUUGUGCGCUCACAAACUUUUGCUCGUUGAUUUGGUUACACAGGCUAAGGCAUCGUUUGACAAAAUCAAAAAUGGUGUAUGUAAUAAAGAGCAUGGCGGUGGGGAGUCAAGUAUCGAAACGCAUUGGCCGCAACUGAAAACGGAAAUGAGGAAAUUCGUGAGAGAACUCAUACUCAUUGAAAAACAUGAGGAGGAAGAGGAUGAGAAAUUGCUUCCAAACGACGGAUCGCUUCAUGUGAUAGAGAGCGGUACCAUCAAUUAUGCUACAAAAUUUGAGGAGAAGUUUAAGGCGGCUAUGAAGAAUAUGGUGGAUGGAAUGUUAAAAGGGGGAGAAGCGGAAGGAAAAAUUAGAGGCUACGCAAUUGUUUCUGGAGUUCCGGGGAGCGGAGAUAAAAUAAGUGCUGUGAAAAAAGCUAUAAUAAAUCAGAUUUUAAAACUCGACGAUAGUGUAGAUAAGCCUGGGCGUGUUCCCGCUACCGCCGAAAAAACUUUGCAGAGUAUCGCUAAGUAUCUCGAGGAAUACGCCGCACAAGUAGGAAUGAAGAUGACUAACAUCGUUAGAUUUAUAGAUCUCGUUGAAAAGGACCAUGCGAUGGCAAAACUCACACCAAAAGUCACGUUUAGAUCCAGCGAUACAAACCUUCAUACCGCUUUCCAAAACAUCCUCAGUAUGGUGAAGAAAGCAAUGGAAGACACUAAGGACGAAGUUACAAGAUUCAUCGAAGGGUCAAGUAUUGGAAAGUUAAAUCAAGCUAUCACAAGUGUUGAAAAGUUUCGCAGUUACAUGAUAAGCACAUUAAGGGAUAUCGAUUUCGCGUUGAGCGGCGUAACCGGAGCCAUCGGCGAGCUCAGUCCAAUCUUGGAGAAGACAAAGCAAAAAGGAUUAAUUGAAACAAAAAUCGAUGACAUUCAAACACACGUUGUUGAAAAGCUUAAUGAAUUUCAAAAAGACAAAGACGAUAAAGGUGACGGAGAGAUUAAUAAAAUUAAAAAUCAGGCUGAGAUCCUUAUGGAAAAGUUAAAGGGGGAAAUAAAGCAGAAACUCGAGUCAAUUGAACAUGCCGCUAAAAACGCAGGUGGCGUCUUAAAUGAUACCACUGCAGCACUCGACGCCGCAUAUGAUAAGGCCUAUAAAGCAGCAGGCGAAGCCGUCGACGCCUUAAAAAGCAACCUCACCGAAGCCGUACAAAACUCCUUCGCUGAGUCCCAACAAAAGGUUCAAGACGUCAAAAAAGUUUUGCUCACAGAUGUCAGAAAGGCUUUUGAAUCCGUCACAGAGCAAGUGCGCACCCUUUUCGCCGACUCUCACAAAGCCGACUUAAAGGCUCUGAUGGACUUGCUGGAUAGACAAAAAUCCGCUAUCGAAGACAUCAUCAACCUCGACAGAAUUACAGGUCUCAAAGGCCUCCUAAACAAAAUGAAAGACCAUUUCGUCAAGAGAAUCAACGACCACAUGUCACCUCCCCCCGCCCAGCAGGUAGUUCCCGCCAAGUCACCGGAAAAAACAAUGGCCCAAGUGGCGGAAGUUGUAGACAGGGCUUUCGGAUUCCUGUUCUACAAUUUGGAACGUCAAUCCGAUUUCACCUCCGACUUCGAGAAAUUAAGGCCGUCCACCACCGCGCUCCAUACUCUGCUCGAGAAGCUCGUUGGCUCCAAGCACUUUGACUACAAAUUCAAGGAGAACUUGGAGAAGCUGAACGACCUGCUCAACCGCUUAAUUCCGCAUACAUUCGGCGAGGGACAGGCUCCUUCAAUUCUGGAGGCGCUGAGAAGAGGUCUCCCCGAAAUGGUCAAGGAGCUAGACAAGGCGUACGUCUCGAGGUACUCGGGGCAGAGGAUAACGUGGACCGAAACGAAGGAGGAUCAAACUGAAGUGCCAUCAGAUAGAGCGAUGAUGUGCGCUAAAGCGUUGCUUAGUACAAUUCCGACGCUCUUUGAAUUGAUGGAAAUGAACGAAAUGUGUAUGUCAGAGACAUGGUCUAAGAACGCCCUUUUCAAAACCACCAAUAAUAAUCCUGUUGCAGCGUUACUGAAAAGACAGGGUUACGAGAUUCCGUCAUCCGAUAAUGAGGAGAACGGCGAGUUGAGAUGCGGUCUGACAUCUAAGGGAAUUUGUACACUACUAGUCAAAGAGAAUAAGCUGUGCAAUUACAUGGGCAAGAAAGAGGGCAGGAUCUACGAACUGUGCGAGUAUCUUAAUCUCUACCACGAAGUCUGCCACCUCUCCAAAUUCACAGCGAAAAGGCAUCCAUGUUCCGCUUAUGAAAUGCUUUGCUGGCUCAGUGGUUUGCCGCAUAAUCCCAUGUACGCGCCAUUACGUUUUGACGCUCUACCGCCGUUGAUGCAGUCUGAUAAACCAACUAAGGACAAGGAUGACGACAUCGACAUCGAUUUCGUUGACCACAAAUCGCUUUACCUGGCUGCCUACCCACAUGACGUCAGAUACAACGCUUUGUGUGACGCCAUAGAUCACGUUUGUACUAAAGCCUACGACGUACUUUGCACUGUCCUCGGAACGGGAGACGCACAUACCAAAUAUGCCUGCUACUACUCCAACAAUUCGCUGGGUUUGACGUAUCCUGCCAACGCCGAAGAAUGUCUCCAGAUGUUCGUCGACGUACUUAGCAGCUUGCUCGCUGUUUUCAGAUACAUAGAGAAGCGAUGUAGUCUGUCCACUCAACAUAACGGCUGGUCAAAUUGCCUUUACGGCAGAGAUAUAAUGUCGUCUAAAUUCCAAUGUAAGAACCACUUAAACAACACAACUGAGUGCCAACCAACUGACAAACCAACGACUCAAGCAAAGUGCCAACCAAAUGGUGAACCAAAAUGCCAACCUACGUCUCCACUUCAGUCCUACCUAAACGAUUGUCUUACCGGGCACCUACCACACCACGUUACUUCUAUCGGCUGCAAAGCCAAAUGUACGACUUGUCCCUCUAAUAAGCCCGGACAGCCGUGUCUGACUCCACUUGGAUUUAGAGGAUUCUCGGGAUCCCCCAAAACGGGUAAGGAGCUUUGUCGAGCCAUUCGUAGAUUCCUUGAUCAUGACAGUAUAUCAGCUCUCGUAUGCAUUCUGCCUAAACCGCCAUCGACCUUGCCACAGCACUUUGGAUUUGUAUUGUCUUUGGUCAGGGGCUGGGCUAAUAGCGGCAAAUUGGAAAACAAGCGGCAUAACCAAAGUAGUUUCCAAUCGACAUUUGAAUCGUCGGUCGACGACAAAUCCAUUUACUUGUAUCCCCGUUCAUCUGAUCUAACGAGAGCUUUCACUAACGCAUAUGGUUCCCAGUCUGUAGUGCAUGACUCCUGUAGGCACCCUCAUCUUGUUAAUUUCACAAGCUCUUCCAUAUGUAGCAACGCAGAUAAGAAAGUAGAUUGCGCGCCUUUCCUCGCCUCCCUAUUCGAUGAUGCCUAUUAUUACAUGGCUCUCAAGCAGGUAGAUGCUUACCUAUCGUGGGCUGUCUAUCUUCCGUGGACAUUCUGGAGAUACCUCGCAACGUUGUACGAUGAGUUUUGCAAUAUAUCCUGUAAUGAUUGGGGAUGCAGCAAAUGUAUGCACGGCGACAAAUGUAAGCCAGGACAGCACGGCCUCGUCGAUGACAAAACUCAAAAGCCACACUGCCAAUGUCCUUCUAUAGUUGGCUGUACAGGUGUGUCAUCCACAUUGCACAAAUUCGGAUUCACCUUUGACGAUGCGAAGUUUUUGAACAGAUUAACCAGUGCGAAAACGUGUACUGAUUUCUGCAAACAGCUUCGUUCUGUACUCCAUUCUGAGUAUUUUGAGAAGCUGUUUGAAAAAUGCGAUGAGUUCCUCUGGAAAAUCCGUGAACCAUUCUCCUACCUUGUCUUGUCUCUCUGGCUCCUCUCUCUGUUCUACCUCCUCCACAUCAUGGUCAUCCGCCUCGACCUGCUCCACAUCAAAUCGCAUCUACAUAGUCCCUCGUCACAUCGUAUCGCCGCUCAAUCAUUGUUGGCGGCAGCGCGUGUCGGCAAACUUGCCAAGAUAUCGUAUCUACAACCGUAA